UCGCCCUCCAUCACCAGUCGAGCCCACUGACAGAAAACACCUAGAAACGAAGCAAGCCCUCACGAUUCACGGAAAUAUGUAGCUAGCUGGUGGUGUUGCGCAUUUUUCGACAACAAGGGGGUUCAGUUCAGCUGAGCAGUUACAUGGAAAUUUACCAUGGGAGGCCAUGAUGAUGAAGACAUGUCAUAUGUAGUGAAUAAACAAAAACAAGAUGAAGAGUUGAAGAACAAACUAAACGACAGCGGCCACUGGGGCGAUCAGGAGUCCACUGGCAACAAUGCCAAGUGGGUGAAAGAAGGCCAGAACCAGCUGCGGAAAGUAGCCGAGAACCAGCAGGACCAGGACCACAACUGCAAUAUCAGCCAGAAUGGGAACAAGGAAGACUUCCCUCACCAGACCACCACUCAGGAAGAACAACAGGGAAACGAGGAGCAGACCAAGUCCCCCAAAAUAACUCUGAGCCCUGGCCUCAAUCAGGAGGAAUCCAAGAACAUCCUUAAUGACCCGCUCCUCAUCGACACUCUGGAGUCCACAGAAGAGAAAGAUAAAGAGAGAGAAGAGGAUGACAAAGAGAAGAUAUCAGAUGAAGAUGAGGAUACGCCAGAUCAAACCAGGGGAGUCACCGAGGAGCAGGGUGAAGUGGAGCCUCAGAAGGAGGGCGGUGUUGCGGGGAGAAAUGCCUGCCUCCUGUUCUCCAACAUGAAUGGGUCCCCCAAUGAGGAAGAGACCAGCUGGCCUUCACCGUCCCAGGACAACACAGCUGACAGCUCUCCGAAUGGCAACAGAGAGUCCUUUUGGGAUUCCAGUGCUUUCGAGACCGACACAGACCUGCCGUCAGGAUGGAUGAGGGUGCGGGACACAUCUGGCACCUACUACUGGCACAUCCCUACAGGUACCACCCAGUGGGAGCCUCCGUCUCCUCUGGGGAAAGUGGGCGACUCCAUGAUGUCCUCCACGAUGUCCCUGGAGACGACACCCUGCGAGGAGCCUGAGGAAUCUUGGGCUCAGCUGUCCAGCACAGACGAAGGAGCCGGUGAAGGGGAGCUGUGGAAGGAGGAGGGAGAGGUGGCAUCUGAUCAAAGUCUGAAGGAGUUUGAAGGGGCAACUUUACGCUAUGCAUCCAUCAACCUGAAUUACAAUUGCUCCCAGUCAGAGGAAGAAGAAAAGCUAACUCCACUCAGCACAGAUAUAGAAACUAAGUGUUUCGCUGUGCGCUCGCUGGGCUGGGUGGAGAUGUCUGAGGAGGACAUGGCACCGGGCAAGAGCAGCGUGGCCGUCAACAACUGCAUCAGACAGCUCUCUUAUCACAAACACAACCUACACGACACCGCUGGGAUCUGGGGAGAGGGUAAAGACAUGCUGAUGGUCCUGGAGAAUGACACCAUGAACUUGAUCGACCCUCUGGGCCAGACUCUGCUUCAUGCUCAGCCAAUAGGCAGCAUCCGGGUCUGGGGUGUUGGCCGGGACAACGGCAGGUCAGUCUCCACACUACAAGACUAUGGACAAGAACGGGAUUUUGCUUAUGUGGCUCGAGACAACCUGACCCAGGUGCUGAAGUGUCAUGUAUUCCGCUGUGACUCACCUGCCAAGAACAUAGCCACCAGCUUACAUGAGAUGUGUUCAAAGAUAAUGAUGGAGAGAAAGGCGACCAAGCCGGGGGUGAGCAGGCUGAACUCUGACCCCAUGAACCCUGGGAUCCUCCCUAUCGAAGAGUUUCCUGCUCCAAAAAAUGAACUCUUCCAGCACUUCCAGGUUUAUUAUCUUGGUUGCGAGCCUGUAGUGAAGCCAGUGGGUAUGGAUAUAAUCAAUGACACGCUAGCGGCAGCAGUCAUUAGCAAAGAUAGGAGUGACUGGACUCCUGUCAAUGUGAACGUUGCACCCGCCACCCUCACAAUACUUUCAAAACAGAGUGAGGAGGUGCUGUCCGAGUGCAGGGUGCGUUUCCUGUCCUUCAUGGGUGUGGGAAAGGACGUCCACUCCUUCGCUUUCAUCAUGGCCGAGGGUCCCCGAGACUUCACCUGUCACAUGUUUUGGUGCGAGCCCAACGCUGCCAGUCUGAGUGAGGCUGUACAAGCUGCCUGCAUGCUUCGCUACCAGAAAUGUUUGGAUGCUCGUCCGCCAAGCCUGGCCUCCUGCCUGCCCACUCCUCCCGCCGACUCUGUGGCUCGCCGGGUCAAGAAGGGCGUGCAGAGUCUGCUGGGCAGCUUUAAGAGCUACAGGUCGGGCUCUCAGUCCCCAUGAGCUGGAGCCAAGAUGAUCCACAGUCCAUUAAACACAAAGGUCCAUCACCACAAUCUCACUUCUGCUCCUCCUCCGCUCAUCUUUCUGCCACACUUCUCGCCUUACGACCAUUAUCAGCUGUCUGUUCACUCGUCUAGUGUGUGGAGAAGUCUGUGAGCAGAAUUUGUGUCUGAAAAGAUUGAAUCGUUUUCCUUUUUUUUUUUUUUUUUGAAAAGCUUUUACUUUAUACAACACUUAAAAUCUGCCAUCUCUUAUCAGAAACACCCCGGCAUCUCUUCAUCUCGCUCUGCUGGGAUUCUUUCUGUGAGUCUUCAACUAUUUUUGUGUUUUAACAGAAACUAUGAUAUGAAUGUUUGAAUUGGAUGUCAUUUUACAUGAAGAUGCUACAAGAUGCAUGAACAAGAGGUCGCUAGAUUUUCUCAGAAAUGUUCUCCAUCCCCGUUUUUUUCCCUCCUUAGUGCAAUGAUCACCUGUUCCACUCCUCUUUUUUCUACUAUGUGAGAGAAGCUACUGUAACAAACUCAUCGGUCACCUCUCUCUACCACUCUAGGAUGUUAUACAAACACUGUAGGCGUCUGUGUAGUGUGCCAGCUAGUUAUACGUCCCCCAAUCCUCCUCAACGAUGUAUUUUAGUCUUCCAAAGAACUGUAUGGUCAUCUGUCACAUAGUGAGCAAACACUGAUCUGAGUGUAGUGUGUUUCUCAUUCAUUCUGCAUGAACAUUUGGAAGUUCAGUGCUCGUGUGCAAUAAUCAGAUGUUCCUGUAUGGUGUGGUGAUUAUGAGUUCACUUUAAUGAGAGUGUGUGGCUGGGGUUGAUUGUGAGGCUGACGGAACAACAGAGCCAUGUUGAAAAACUAUUAAUCUUGUGAUAGAAAUGAUAGUAAUAAAAAAAAAAUAAAAAAAGAAGUCACAAACUCUGGGGUUUUCACACAGCCGUUUACCACCGACAAAUACUAAAUCGUACUGUAGAAACUCGCCAACAAGCUGCAUGUUUUGAUAACAAAGAGUUCUCGCUGCUCGCCGCAGCUUAGCGCUUAAGAUCCAUCCGUGUAACCUGUAAAUUCUUCCUCCGUGUUACUGUAGGAGGCUGGAGUUGAUGUGUUGUUUCGUGUUUCUUAGGCAUGUCACUCUAGUUAGUGUCAGUGUGUUUACCAUUAAACUAGGCUAGCAGUAGAAAGGUAGACUUUCUGUCCGUUCCUUCAAGCUGAAAAGACGAGAGCAGGUAAAUGUUUGUAUUUACAGUUUGUGUAUAUGAACAAAUCUAGAGGCGAUUUCUUCAUGGUUUGACAUUUUUUAUGUUUUAUCCUCGGCCUCGUCUCGACACGCGUCGACACGGUCGCUCCACUUCAUGUAUUUUUUUUAUUGUUUCCAAACACUACAACGUACACUAUCAACAUGAUUUCCACAUUAUUAGCUCCUUAGAUUCCCUUUUUUUAUGAAGAUCACACUAAAUAGACCAGUUGUAUUUUAUCUCUAUGUGUCUGUCAGUGAUCAAUCCUGUAUGUAGCACAACAGUGGUAGUCAUCUCUAAGACUUGAGACACAGUUUGUAAGACUUUUGUUUUGUUUUUUUUAAAUCUCUGCAGGGCAUUUGUUCGGCCAUGUUGUCUGAAACACUGGGAGCUAAAUCCAAAUAUCCCCAGGCUGACUCACAAAGAGAUGAAAAGAAGUCUAGAAAUAAUGUGUAUUCUUUAAAAAUGAAAAUAAUUUUAGAGCGAAUCUUCACUCACGGCAACAAAAUAUUGUGAUAUAUACUUUAUAGAAACGCAAAACUAACAACACUCACUUUAUCAUACUGAUAUUUUAAAAAGCGAGACUCUUUUUUUUAAAUUUCUUUUUGAUUUUUUAAAUUGUUAGAAGUUGUGUUUUUUAAGAAAUACUAAUUUAGGUAUUGUUACUAUAUUGCAAAAAGAGAAUUCUCCUCAAACGACUGAUAAUAGGGAUUCUUAAACUUCUAAAAUAUGAAGCCACCAAUGAUAAAACUCAUGUUUGAAACAUAUGGAUCAAGUAGAAUCUCGUGUGUACAGACAAAUGUGACGGUAAGGCAGACAUCCAACCAAUAGAGUCUGUCCUGUUGUGUGAUGUCAUCGAAGGUCAACGAGAUCUGAAAGCAAAGCAGUGAUUUGUGAUGACGUUUUCCCCCCACUUACAUGUUUCUCUAAUAUUAGAAGUAAUGAAACACUAAAACUCUUACCAGCUGCUUCUUUCUAAUGUGUAAAGUGUAACACUAAAUAAAAACUAGACAACACUGACUCAUAUUACUGCCUUGUCACUUCAUGUGUCACUUUGUUGGAACUAUUUCGCUGUCUCUUGCUCCGAGUGUGCGGUGUCCAGUCCGUGGCAGAACUACAGCCAGAUGAGUCACAGAACAUUAGCAGAUUAAUUUAUUUCUGUUCAUGUAAAUUAGGUGUAUAAAAAUGUAUGUAUAUAAAAGUCACUGCACAAUAAAUGUGAACAUAUCAUA